AUGGUUUAUUUUGCUCCUGUAGGAAAGUUGUACUGCAAACUCCACUUUGCACAAAGGAAACCCUUAGUGAAGAAUGGGAGGACACAAAUUCUACACACGACGUGUAAUGCCGAUUCUCACAACGGGUCCAGCUGGAGUCCAGAGGGACGUGAGCAUCAUCUCCAGGAAGAGUCUCCAGGUAUCCUGUCCUCACUGAAGAGAAGCCUGCGCUGGCCGCUGCAUGUGUGUGCUGUGCCUCGUCGUGUGUUUAACUGGCUGCAUGGUAAAGCGUGGGCCACAGGAGUCCACCUCAGGGAUAAUGCCGAGGAUUACGCCUUCCUGUAUGAACUGCUCAGUGUGAGUCUGCCUCUGCUCGCCGUUCUCCAUGAACAGCUUGUCCAAAUGUACGCAGAGGCCGGACCUCUCAAUCUACAGCCUCUGCAGCACUGGCUGGAAGAGCACAUGGGCCACUGGGUCUUAGUGUGAGAGAAACAUCAUCAGGUCCCUUUAAAAGGGUUAAUAUGUAGUUGAAAAUGACUGUGGAUAUUUAUUCAAAACUGAAAAGCACAUAGAACAACCUUGAGAUAGAAAGUAGCAGAUGUUACUUUUUCAGAGAGUAGAAAUGAAGUGGCCUGGUUUGGAUUGUGCACAAAAUACCAAAGCCUUUCUCAGUUCUAAAGAUUUGAGUAAAGAGAAAAAAAAGUGUCAAACACGGAGUGAACUUUAAGCACUUUA